AUGCCGCAAACACAAUCCACCUUCCCUAAUUCGGAAAGGACGAACUAUGUGAAACUGCUGGCCAACAUGACCACUCGCAUUCAAGAAGCCCGUGAGCGUCCGGGUGUCGCCCUCUACAAGACCGAAGAAGAACUGGACAGUGUCCCCGUGAAGUUAAUUGACUGGAUCACAGCAGACGAGAUUCAAGCCUCGUGA